AUGAAAAGGAAAAGACUAGAUCUUUUCUGGACAGUCGAAAAUUCGACAUGUGAAUACAAAAUGUGCGGUUCAUCAAGUGAAGAGUUCUGCGACAAGUUACAAGAAAAUAUUUCAAAACAACAAGCUGAUUUUGUCUGUGUCAGUGAAGAAAACAGAACAAAGGAGGAGAAAAUACAAGAGUUGGAAGCGGAGUUGAAGCGAAUACGAAAUGAACAUCUUAAACUAGAAACUAAACGCUUCAAUGAGGUACUCGACCUAAAACACCGACUGGAUGCCAUGCAAAAGAGUUAUCCCUUCGCGCCAUCUGUGCCGGGCUAUGAUUUGUUAAAUCAAUCCGUUAGUCCAGUUAAAAAGGAUUCAGUACCUUCUCAUGUUAUGUUGUGGGAAGAAGCCCCGCGAGCCAUUAGCCGAAGCUGUGCAACUUCUCCAGAAGAAGAUUUUCUACUAGAAACCUUACCAUUUGCAAAGAGAGGUUCGUCUCGUAGUCGUAGGUCUGAUCGCCUCGCAAAUGAUGUAGAUAGACGUAAGGAGAAAAAGGAAUCUGCAUAUCGUCGUGUUAGAUCCCGAAGUCAUGGCAGGCAGGUAUGGAGCGGAGAACAUACGCCCCGUUUUACCGAAUUGCCGAAGUCAUGUUCAAGUCACGGGCUUGAUUUGAAUGCGUUACACCACCAAUAUAAUAGAAGCAGUCAUAUGUACUAUUCUUCUGGUGGUUCCAACGGUGGAAGGAGCCCGCCUCCUGAGAUUCCUCUUUUGAGUGCUGUUCCACCUCCUGGAGUGAAAAAACCCAUGGGCAAACGUGUAGUUGAUGCCAAUUUCGACAUCAAGUAA